UUAAUCCUCUUCUUUGUUGCCUCUGUUUCCCUGCUGUUCUCAUUGUCUUGUUUUUAGUUUUAGUAAUCUGGGACAUGGAUUUUUGUGCUUGGGCAUUGAGGAGUGUUCGUGUUCGUGUUCGUGUUCAUGUUCUUGUCAGUGGGUUGCUGCUUUUCAGCUACAUCUUGGAGUUUGGAACCGAUGCCCAACUUUUACCUGAACAAGAAGUGAGAGCCCUUCAAGAAAUAUCUGCUAAGCUAAAGAACUUAAAUUGGAAGGUUCACCAAAAUUCUUGCAUCAAUGGCGACGGCUUUUUCAAUGUAUUUACCAACUUUACUCAUAUGAGAGAGGUCAACUGCACUUGUAAUACAACUUGCAGAGUCACCAGCAUACGGCUGAAGGGUCUCAAUCUAGUUGGAAAUCUACCUGUAGCAUUUGCAAAUCUAACUCAACUACGAGUGUUAGAUCUCACUUACAAUCUUAUAUCUGGAUCAAUUCCUAGGGAAUUUGCUCGCAUUCCUCUUGUUACUUUUGCCAUGAUAGGAAACCAACUUAGUGGUCAGAUUCCUCCAGAAAUUGGAGAUAUUACUUCACUUGAAGAACUGGUUUUGGCAGACAAUCAAAUUGGAGGAAAUCUUCCUGCAAGUCUUGGAAAACUAAGCCGCUUGAGUAGAAUACUUCUUUCUUCCAAUAACAUCACCGGGGCAAUCCCAAAAUCUUUUGGAAACUUGAGGAACUUGACUGAAUUUCGGAUGGAUGGGACUAACAUAUCAGGGAAGAUACCUGAUUUUAUUGGCAACUGGACCAAUCUUAAAAUUCUCUAUCUUCAAGGCACUUCAUUGGAGAACCCCAUUCCUGCUGCCAUAUCCGAGUUGAAACACUUAACCGACCUGAUAAUAAGUGAUUUGCAGGGACCUCAGAUAAGUUUCCCCAAUCUGACUCAAAUGACAUCUUUACAAACAUUGAUCUUAAGAAAUUGCUUAAUCGAGGGUCGUAUCCCUGAAUAUAUCGGACAGUUUAACGUUUUAAGAAUAUUAGAUCUAAGCUUCAACAGAUUAAGUGGUUCAAUUCCAAAGACAUUUGAAAAUCUUUUGUUGGUCCAUAAAGUUCAGUUCAUGUUUCUGACUAACAACUCCUUAAGCGGCCAAGUACCGGAAUGGAUCGUGAACGCUGGCAACAGUGGAAGGAACAUAGAUUUAUCUUACAACAAUUUUACAGAGUUGCCGAACUUCAGUUGUACACAGUCUAAUAGUGUGAACUUGAUUGCUAGUUCAGCCACUAGGAAUGGAAAUGAUGAUUGGUGCUUGAUGAAGGAUCUCCCUUGCCCUACAGAGAAUCGAUUUCAUUCGUUGUUCAUUAAUUGUGGAGGACGAAGCAUGGAGUUGAAUGGCAGUGAAUACAAAGCGGAUGAUACUCAGGGUGGUUCAUCAUCGGCUAGAUUCUUUUCUUCAGCAGAAAGAUGGGGUUACAGUAGUACUGGUCUGUACUUGAGAAAUGAACAUCUUCCUUACAUAGUAUCAACUUCAAAUAGCAAUGGCAGAGCUGCUUCAAGCAUCUAUGCAACAGCUCGACUCUCACCACUUUCUCUCAAAUAUUAUGGAUUUUGCAUGAGAAAUGGAAGUUACAAUGUGAAGCUUCACUUUGCUGAGAUUAUGUUUACCGCAGACCAGACUUAUACCAGCUUGGGGAGACGCAUAUUUGAUAUCUCAAUUCAAGGAAACUUGAUUAGAAAAGAUUUUAACAUAAUGGAGAAUGCUGGAGGUGUUGGUAAGAGCUUUAUCUUGGAAGAGCCUAAUAUUGUAGUGAAUGGAAGCACUCUUGAGAUCCACUUAUAUUGGGCUGGUAAAGGAACAGAUUCCAUUCCAGUGAUAGGGGUGUAUGGACCUCUAAUAUCUGCAAUCACUGUGACACCAAACUUUGAUGUGGGCACUAAUGUGGAAAAUGAAACUAGAGGGCUAUCAGCUGGAGCUAUUGCUGGCAUUGUUAUCGGUAUUUUCUUGUUCGUCGUUUUUGUAUUGGCUGUUCUUCGAUGGAAGGGUUACUUAGGUCGAAAGGAAGCGGAAGACGAUGAACUUCGGGAUCUAAAAUUACAGACAGGUUAUUUCAGUUUAAGACAAAUCAAAGCAGCCACCAACAACUUCGACUUGACACAUAAGAUAGGCGAGGGAGGCUUUGGUCCUGUCUACAAGGGCGUUCUGUCGGAUGGCACUUCAAUUGCUGUAAAGCAGCUAUCCUCUAAAUCAAAGCAAGGGAACCGUGAAUUCAUCACUGAAAUCGGCAUGAUAUCAGCGCUACAACAUCCGAAUCUCGUAAAGCUCUACGGUUGUUGUAUUGAAGGAAGCCAAUUAAUGCUUAUAUAUGAGUAUCUAGAGAACAAUAAUCUUGCUCGUGCCUUAUUUGACCCUGAGAAGCACUCACUCCAUUUGGAUUGGCCAAUAAGAAUGAAGAUUUGCUUGGGAAUAGCAAAGGGGUUGGCUUACCUUCAUGAAGAAUCUUUACUGAAAGUUGUUCAUAGAGAUAUAAAAGCCACCAACGUGCUACUUGAUAAAAGCCUAAAUGCUAAGAUUUCUGACUUUGGAUUGGCUAAGCUUCAUGAAGAGGAGAACACCCAUAUCAUCACAAGAAUUGCAGGCACAAUUGGAUACAUGGCGCCUGAGUACGCAACGAGGGGUUAUCUAACUCAUAAAGCUGAUGUUUAUAGCUUUGGUGUCGUGGCUUUAGAGAUUGUUAGCGGGAAAAGUAACACGAGUUGCAUGCCAAAAGAGGAGUUUGUUUUUCUUCUUGACUGGGCUUUCGUUCUACAAGAGGAAGGGAACUUAUUAGAACUCGUGGACCCGAAUCUUGGCUCAGAUUACUCGAAAGAGGAGGUCGUGAGAAUGCUUCAUAUAGCUCUCUUAUGCACAAACCUGUCUCCAAGUCUUAGACCAACCAUGUCUUCCGUGGUUAGUAUGCUUGAAGGUAAAAUCCCUGUCGAAGUAAGGAACAUGAAGCGCAACACAAGUGAGCGUGAUGCGAGGUUCAAAGCCUUUGAGAAGCUGUCACGGGACAGCCUAACAAGCAUUUCUGCAUCGUCACAAUCCAUUGUUCAGAUGCCAAGAAGCAUGUCAUUCGACGGGAUAUACGUUGGCUCAUCGUCUUCGUCUACUCGAAACAAGGAUGAGACUCGAAAGUAUUCUUCAACUAGAAGUCUCCUUGAAGAUUGAGUCAUUUCAAAGGAUCAAUCAGACACCAAGUUAGCUGCGCUGCUGUUGUGGCUCAACUUUUGUGCCAAAUAAAGUGAACAAAUGGGCUCUCAAAACAAUGGUUUCUUAUUGCAAAGCCAUCAUUCCUAUCUCAUAAUCUUCUCUUAACA